AAUUGGGCAGGCGCAAAAGAGCUAGGAGCAUGUGGACCGUGCACUGUUCCUUCCAGUCAGCAGGUUUUGGCCCAAGACGCGUCUCGUUCUCGUAAAAGAAUAGCCAUAGCGAAUCCAGCACCAUGAGCGCGCAACCCAUCGAUCCGCGGCUAGAAGCCAGUGACGCCGUUCAGGCAGCGUACCAGGCCCAGGCACAGGCGCAAGCGCAAGCAGCUCAAGCACAAGUGGCUCAAGCACCAUCGCGGCAUCAACCUGCUCCGUAUCCCGCGCCGGCGCUCGCGCGUUCCGACUCUCAGAUCAAGCUGUACAGAGAGGCCGCGGCCGCGCAGACUGCUCAACAGGCCCAGGAUGUCUCGCAGCCCUACUAUGGAUACGCCGCAGCUCUCCCGCCCGGCCACUCGCCCAGCGACGACGAUGGCGACCGACGCGGCAGCGCUGUCGGCGCCGACAUGGUUGACAUGAGCCCUGGAGGCGCUGCCAUGCUCGCCGCCGAUGCCAAACGCUCGAGAGCCUGCGAGGCCUGUCGCGGUCUGAAAGUGCGCUGCGACAUGGACAACAGCGGACAGCCAUGCAAGCGCUGUGCCAAAGCCGGUCGCCAGUGUAUCGUCACGCAGCCUAGCAGGCGCCGCCAGAAGAAGGCCGACACGCGCGUUGCCGAGCUCGAGAAGAAGAUUGACGCCCUCACCCAGGUCCUCCACCAACAGCAGCAGCACCCACACCUCCCGCUUCAGCCACCCCUCCAGCCAGACCCGUAUCCUCAGCCCACCUACGACCCCGUCAACAAACACGAGCCGCCUCUCCAGGACGCCGACUACGACACCGACGACCGUCGCAAGCGCAGACGAGUUGAUGACCCCUACCGACCCGCGUACCACACCGUCUACGUCGACUUUGGAGAAUACGUAAAGCAACGCGUUCGCCAGAUCAUCGACUGGAACUCGGCCUGCACAAUCUUCGUCCACUUCAGAGACCGUCUGGUCCCAGAGUUCCCAGCCAUCGUGCUCCCCUCAGAUGCCACUCCCGAGUGGAUGCUCGAGAACAAGCCCAUCCUGUUCCUGUGCAUCACGGCUGCUGCGUGCUUCAGAUUUGUGGACAUCGAGGUUCAGGAUGCUCUUACCGACGAAGUCUUCGACGUGCUAGCUACUGCCGUCAUUCGCAAGGGUCUGAAGAGUCUUGAAAUCAUCCAGGGUCUUCAGGUUGCCUUCCUCUGGCACAAGCCUCCAGACCGUCCUGCCCAGGCAAACUUCUACAUGCUCAUCCACAUGGCUGUCGUCAUGUCUCUCGACGUUGGUCUAGGAAAGCGCUUCAACCCGAACAAGGUCAAGCGUGGCUUUGGUGGUGCCGGUGCAGACCUGCCUCCUGGUCCCGGCAGUCAACUGGUCGACUCAGACACCAUUGAGUCGCGAAGAGCAUGGUUGACUUGCUACUAUACUUCGGCCAGUGUCUCACAGGUCUUGCGUCGUCCUAAUCUCUUGCGAUGGUCCAACUACAUGCAGGAAUGCGUCGACAUCCUAGAAACCUCGGCCGAUGCUGCUCCCACCGAUGCCUUGUUUACACAGCACAUCAAGAUUCAGCGCAUCUGCGAUGAAAUUUCCGUGUCGUUCGCCAUGGAGGACUCGACUGCCUCGAUCUCCAUCCUGGAUCCAAAGAUUGCGUACACCCUGGAAGUGCUCCAGAAGAAGCUCGACCAGUGGGAGCAGGACCUCCCACCUCAUCUGAAGCUUCCCAACCUCAUGUUCUACAGACACGUCACAUCUCUGUACCUUCACGAGAUUGGUCUGCACGUCAAUCACAACACCGACGACUUCAAGGUUCCCUUCAGUGAAGGAAGUCUCAAAUCUGGCAGUCACUUCUCCGAGACACUGAGCCAAAAGCAGAUGACCUCAAUCGAAGCCUGUCUCACCGCGUGUCACAGUGUCAUCGGAACUUUCUGUGACUUUGGUCCUGAGGUCGUGUCUACCCUUCCCGCGCUUCUGUACUUUGUACGCAUUGUUUACGCUCUCGUUGUCUUGAUCAAGAUGCAUGUCGCCGCAACAUACCCAGGUUCGGAGCUCGGCAAGGUCAUCAAGCCAGAAGACAUCAGAGCUCCUGAGUUCCUGGAACGUGUGUAUCACUGCUUCGUUGCGCUGUCUCAAGGCAGCUCUCAGAAAGCCUUCCAGAAGGCACACCAGAUCCUCAGUCUUCUCCGUGAGUGGAUUUCAUCUCACCCCAACGGUAUCGAGAAGGAAGCCAAUGCUCGUGGUGCUCAACCUCAACGCGUCUCUUCGCGCGACAACGACAGUCUGCGUGUGUUGAGCGAGGCUGCUACUGCAGGUGCAGAUCAGUCAAACCAGCGCGCCAACUGGGGCUUCGACUCUCCCUACGCACCAGCGUCACAAUACCCGUCCCAUGAAGCACCCAACCAGACCUCUCGCUCUCAAAGCGACGCUUACAGCAACCCAGCAACCUAUGCUCCUACAGUCAUGUCUACUCCAAACUCUGUCAACCACUUUGCCAAGCAGAUUGCUGGUACCGAGUGGACUCAGGGAUUAGAUUUUGAACAAGCCAUUGAUGUGGCACUUUCGGGCUUGGACUUUUCUGGCGACUUGUACACGAGUUUCUUUGGCGAUGGUGCCGAUGCUUUCCAGAUCCCACCCGAUGCCGCUGCAAAUGGCGGCAGGUGGUGAGCUUGCUGUUCGUGAGCUUAUCACGGACGUUGAUCUUGUUUGAGUGAGAGAUACUACUCCUUGUGCCCCAUGGCUUUCCUUUUUCCUUAGUUUUGAUACCCACGGUCUUUCGGCUUCCUCUCUCUAGCUCUAUGAACCAAAACGCAUGUAUUUUAUAUCCCAUAUCGAUUGCUCCCCUUUUCGUGUCUUGUGUUCUGAUAUACCGCCUCGUGAAUUGGAGAAGGUUGCGAGCCAUAUGGGUGGAGAUUGUUGGGUGAUACCGAGCGUAUACGGGACGC